AUGAAAACCAGAUCCUGGAUCAAACUCGCUUCGGCCCUCGCUUGCAUUAAAUUAAUAAAUGGAUAUUGUGAAGAAGGCGUUCUAUGCUCAGAAUGUGAUCUCCGAGACGCUGGAUCUCCUUGUAACACCAAUGAAAGGAUGCCUUACUAUUACUGUAGCAACGAGACUAGGACAGUAAUCUACGAUUCUACUAAAUAUUUGAUAUGUGCAGGACAUGAAAUGAAACUUUUUGAUUGUGCUAUGGGAAACACUUCCGGCGUUUUCAAUCCCAUCACACGACAAUGCGUUACUGAAGAAGCAGCAGAAAAUGGCGAGCGAUGGAGAAGGAAGAGGAGCACGAGUGGAAGCUCCAGAGUUGGUGAUGUAUGCUCGUUUAAUACAGAUUGUCAGCGAGGGAUGUAUUGUGGAGGAGGUGUCUGUUCUUGUUUGUCGGAUUUUGUGGCAAUUAAUAAUCAUUGUUGGCAGAAGAUAAAUCCCGGGGAAUCGGGUUGCGUCGAGGAUCGUCAAUGCCAGGCGGUAUGGCCACAAACUACAUGUUCUGGCUCUGGAGUUUGUGAAUGCCCUGAGAAUACAGUACCCUCAAGGACGAGGGAUGGCCCGUACUCUGCACCUCUACCUCCACUGAAGUUCACAACUCUAACAAUGGAGAUGGUUCCACUUGGUGUCUCCCAACAAAUCUUCCCCGAAUAUUCCGAAUCUGUCGAUGGCGUCUGCUGCCCGUCUAGAGCAUUUGCUUGUACUCAACCUAUGGAAAGCGGUCCCGAACCUACCGUACCCCGAUGGUGGUUCAAUUCCGCGACUGGGACUUGCGUGCAGUUCCUCUGGGAUCCUGAUACGAUCAGUGGAGCAUCACCCAAUAAUUUUAAAACUAUCGAACAUUGCGAAAGUUAUUGUAGAGAUACAUGCAAACGCGGAGCUACCGAAUAUUCUGAAGGGAAAGUGGCCCUAAUCGACGAUACGCCCCUAGGAAACUGUCUGGCUUCUGGAGUUCUAGGAAAUAGAUGUGGGCCGGAUCAUCAAUGCACUUUGAUCGGCAGUCAGCAGAGUUGCUGUCCCUCAACCACGCAUAUCUGCAGCGCUGCGGGUGGUCGGAGCUAUCCGAGCAAACCAUUGACAAACUUUGAUCGUGGAGUGCAUAUUGCUGGGAGCAAAGCAGCUACACGAUAUUACUACGAUGCCGAUCAGGGUCGUUGUGUCAAUUUUAUCUAUCAAGGCCUCGGAAACUUCAACAACUUUUUGACAAAACAAGACUGUGAAUCUUUCUGCUCAAAAUUGGUUUGUGAAAAUGGACAUCCACUGCGGAUUGGAGAUGAAUGGCAGCGCUGUGAAGGCCCGACCGAUUGUCCAACAAGUCACACUUGCCAGAGCGCACAUAAAGUAUGCUGCCCUACGUCACAAACCCUCUGCACCCAGCCAAAGCGGCUAGGUGACUGUACGCAAUCUGUGCGUCGGUAUUGGUAUAAUGCAGCGACAAGGCAGUGCGAGAUGUUCCAAUAUACGGGAUGUCAAGGCAACGAUAAUAAUUUCCCAACCCUCCUUCAAUGUCAGCAAAAAUGCAAAGGAGUUGGAGUGGAACCUCGCUGCCAACACGGAAGAGCUUUUCGGAAUAGAGAUGGAAAUUUCCAGACCUGCUCUGAUAAAGGAGCCAAUCGAUGCCCAGCCAAUCACAAUUGCUUCUAUGAUGGUGUAUCUCACGGCUGUUGCCCUACUAAGGCUUUCACAUGUUCUUUAAAUCCUGAUAAAGGUGUUCAAUGUGGAAGUGGCAAAUCAUACCGCUACUAUUUCAACCCUCAAAAACAAUCAUGCGAGACUUUCCAAUAUGAGGGUUGCGACGGAAACCCGAAUAAUUUCCUGACAGCAGAGGAGUGUCAGUCUUACUGUGGAGUUGGAGGUUGUCCAAAUGGUGGAAUGCCACUGAGAGAUCAAAUUACGAAUCGACAGAUGAGCUGCUCCGAGUUGCGCCAAUGCCCAAAUACCCACGAAUGCAUUGCUAUUCCGCAUAAUGGAAAUGUAGAGCAUAGGUGCUGCCCGACGAAAGUAACAAUCUGCUCUCAACCCCCACAACAAGGUAAUCACUGCUCCAAGAUGUCGGUCUCCCGAUAUUAUUUUAAUAUUGUUACCAAGGAGUGUGCUUCUUUCCAGUAUAAUGGUUGUAAUGGAAAUUUGAACAACUUUGGGUCGGCUAGUGAAUGUUAUAAUUUCUGUUCGUCGGCGGGUUGCAGAGUUGGAGAAGUUGCAUACAAGGAUGUCUUCGAUUGCAACAACAACCUUCGAAACUCAUGCCCACCGGACUAUUCUUGCCGUCACAAUGCUCUAACUGCAUCUUACGUUUGUUGUGGUUCAAAUGGAAUGGAUGUGUGCCCUGGUGAGGAACGCGCAUUCGUCAACCCGCUCGACGAGACGAUUCGCGAAUGUGCUAUUAACAUCCCUGGAUCUUGCCCUGCCAAUUUCUUAUGCCGAUUCAGCCCGAAUCGGAAUAAGUACUAUUGCUGUGCGCCAAACACUGAAAAUGUCUGCCCGGAGGGUCGCGCCUUGUUCCGAGCUCCAAAAACUUUGCUGCCCCAGAGAUGUACAUUAAAUGUUGGCAAUCAGUGUGUUGAUGGGUAUUCUUGCCAGAGUAGAAGCAAGAAUGUUCUACAAGGAUUCUGCUGCUCAGCAAAGAAUGUCUGUCGUGGUGAUGCUGAAUUUUUGGUAGAUGAAAAGACGAGGAUGCCAAGGAUUUGUACCCCAGGCUCGUUUGUGGCUUGCCCGAACGGAUAUCGCUGCCAUCGAUCUCAAAGAAGUUCGUCAAGCGGAUUCUGUUGCAAGGGUGAUACCACAAAUGCCGUGACAGAGGGUUGUCCCCCAGGAGAAUUUGCAUACGUUAAAAAGGGAUUGGUGGAGGCUUGUGAUCCAUUUAAUCCGGAGAAUAAGCCAUGUCCUGCGACUUAUACUUGCCAGUACUCGACAGCAUUCCAAAGAUAUCAAUGUUGUGGUAAAGAUCCGAUUGAGGAGGAAGAGAUUGAGCAAGAGGAGUUAGGAUGUCCUGCUCAACAAGUAGCCCACCUUGAACGUGGGAUCCCGCUUGUCUGUACGGCUUCCGGACAGACUUGCCCUCUAGGGUACUUCUGCCAGUUCUCCGACAAGAACAAGCAGUUCCAAUGUUGUGGACAUCGAGCCGGCUGUCCCUUCCAAAGUGUCGCCUUCAUCGAUAUGAGUGGCGGGGCGAUGGAGUGCAAUCCACAAUUUGCGAUGUGUCCACCUGGCUAUGACUGUAUCAAGGGCCGAAGCGGAAAACAUUUAUGCUGUACGAGCCAGGAAGGGUCUAACAAAACGAUGCUAUCUAUGGGCCCUAUCAUCGCUAAGCAGCCAGCAAUCUCGACAACGACAAGCCUGGCAGAACUUGUUCGAGAGACCGAGAGGAUUGAAUGUCCGGACGGUACGGUGAAUGUGGAUGGUGACUGCAAGUCGAUCCAACCUGUUGGUAUGCCCUGUUCAAUCGAUGCGGAAUGUAUGGGUGGUGCAAAAUGUAGAAGAUCAAUUUGUGGAUGUCCAGAAGGACAUUAUUGGAAGGAUGAUGCUUGUGUCAUGAUGCGAAAAUGUGGAAAAGCGGAAGUACUCUUCGAGGGUGACUGCCUGAAGCUCGGCACUUUUGGAUCGGCAUGCCUAACCAGUCUUCAGUGCACUAAUGGCACUGUUUGUUCUGAAGGACAGUGUCGAUGUGCUGCGGGAACUUUUGGAUAUGAGGGAAGGUGCCUAGCCAAUCUCUGCGGAGAAGCAGCCACUCCAGUUGUCGACGAGCUCGGCUCGGUCAAGAUGUGCGCAAAAACGGCUUGUCCAGGUGGCCGGUGCACGUAUUCCAAGGUUGUCAGGCAUUACAUAUGUUGUGAAGCCAAUAGGAAGCUUCCCAAGAAGUUCCCGACCUUAAUCGAAAACGUGCCGAUGGACCCUCCAAUGAGACCUACACCAAUUAUACAAAAUCGUACUCCCGCUCCAGUUCGAACGGAGCUCAGGAGGCCGAGUCCCAGAAAACCAACCUCAAAGUGCCCCGGAAACUAUCCUCCACUAACUGUUGGGCCUAGAAAAUUGCUCUGGGGAUGCCUGCCGACCGCUCCAAAAUGUCCGCCGAGUCGGCAACGAGUAACUUUGGAUGAUGAUGGCGAGCAAUUAUUGAUUUGUGAUCGUCUAUGCCUAACACCUGCCAGAAGAUCCCGAUCAGCAUGCCCACCCACG